AAUAACAAAUUUGUAAUAGAUAAUUUAUUAAAAUGAACUUUAGUAACGAUACUGCCAAACAAAUCUUAAUCGAUAUUAUACGCACCGUCAAUCAACCCGAAAACUCCAAGAAACUUUCCGAAGCCAAAGCCUCUGCUGGCAAGGAAAUGCUGCUAAUGAUGCAACAUGUCUUCCCUUUGGUCAUGCAAUUACAAACUGAAGUCAUCAAAUCAUACGGUUUCCCCGGCAACCGCGAAGGUCUUGUACAAUUUUCUCAACUAAUACGUGAGUUGGAACGCGAAGAUGUUGAAAUCGCCCGUCUACGCAGUCAAAUCAGAGCCAUUUAUUUACCACCAAUUGCCAUCAACACCACAAAUGAUAUUUUGAUAUAAGCAAUGAUUUUUGGCUAUUAUUAAUUAACACGCUAAUAUGCUGCCAUUAUUAGUUUAUCUUACAAUAAUAACAGGAAAUAGGAAUAGUAUUAAUAAGAAUUUUUAGUAGAUUUUAAGAGAAAUAAUUUUUUUAAUACUUUGUAUUAUUAUUGGUCAUUAAGCAUUUAAUAAAUGUUAUGUAAAAAAACUAAAA